AUUUAACUCCCCGUUUUAUUUCUGAGCCCUUGUCUACUGUGCAGAAGUCUGGUGGGCCCGUACAACUCCACUGCUCUGCCGAGCCCUCCACAGCUCGCCUUUCUUGGCUCUUUAAUGGGGAGCCUCUGGACAGCAAGGUGGGAGAAGUGGAAAUCCAGUCAGGAUCUCUGACAAUCGUCUCCCUCGGCCUGUCAACCUCUGGUCGCUAUCAGUGUGUGGCUAAGAGCAGCGUGGGUGCUGUCGUGAGCAGCCCUGCAAUGGUAUCGAUGGGCAGUCUAGCUCCCUUCGACACGUCGGCGAAGCCCGCCGUUGCAGCGGAGGAAGGGGGUACGGCUCUCCUUGGAUGCCACGUGCCGGAAAGUAACCCCAAAGCACAGGUUCGCUUUCAAGUGCGGGGCAAGUGGCUGGAACAAUCGACAGAUAACUACCUAAUUCUUCCAUCUGGAAACCUGCAGAUUUUGAAUGUAUCUUCAGGAGACAGAGGAUCCUAUAGGUGUGCUGCAUACAACCCGGUUACUGGCGAUCUCCGAGUAGAGCUCACCGGACGCAAGCUCAUAGUCACACGCUCUUCCUCAGGUGGCUUCCACAUCCUUCACCCUCUGGCACUGCAGAGCCUGGCAGUGCCCCAGCACAGCCCUCUGACGCUGGAGUGUGUUGUCAGUGGGUCGCCUCCAGCCUCUGUCCGCUGGCUUAAAGACGGCCGGGACGCGCUGAGGAAAGGCAGGUGGACACUGCUGCACUCCCAUCUGGUGACAGACAGGCUGGAGGCAUCGGACGCUGGAAAUUACUCCUGCGUGGUGGGAAAUGAGUUUGGAGUAGUGAAAUACGUGAACUAUUCCCUUACUAUACUUGAACCUGCCUCCAUCUCCAAGGGACUGCAGGAUGAAACUGUGGCCCCUGGGGCGACUGCGCAUUUCUGGUGCGACGUCCGCGGAAGCCCUGCUCCGACCCUCACCUGGCUCCACAACGCAGCUCCCCUCCAUCCCUCUUCACGGCAUCUGCUGAUGGGAAACCACCUGCGGAUCCGCAGCGUCGCCCGGGAGGACUCCGGCUUGUACCAGUGUGUAGCUGACAACGGGGUUGGAUUUACGCAGUCCACGGGGAGACUCCGCAUCCAGCCGGGCAAAGGCUCUAGGCCAGUUAUGGUCUCUUCCCCAGCAAGCAUGACAGUGGUGGAGGGCGGGGAUGUUACACUCUCUUGCAAUGCCACCGGCCUACCCGUUCCUGUGACCCGUUGGUACGACAGCAGAGGACUCGUUACCAGCCGCCCUUCCCAGGUGCUUCGUUCCAAACCGCCGAAACCUCCGCAAGCGAUGCCGGGCAGCACUGUCGUGGAGCCCACCUACUUCUCUGUGUCUCAAGCAGGCUGGAGCUCCUUGCGCAUUAGGAACGUCGCUCCUGAGCGUGCCGGGGAGUACACGUGCGAAGCCAGCAACGAGCACGGCUCCGUGGUGGCCAAAGCCUUUCUUACAGUUGUUCCUUCAGAGACUGGCACGAAAGCAGAAAUGGCUCCAGCGGAGGUUGCCCAGAGCGAUGAAAGCAUCGGUGAUUUUGGUGCUGGAAUGGUGUUUCCAAGCUCGCCUCCAACAAAACUGCACCUGGAUGCAGCUGCAAUGGAAAAAGCCUCCAACUCCGCCGCUCCCCCUGAAGCCCCCAUCAUCCUCAGCCCUCCGCAGACGCUGAAGCCAGACAUGUACAACCUGGUGUGGCGUUCGGGGCGGGAUGGGGGCUUGCCCAUCAACGCCUAUUUUGUCAAAUACCGCAAGCUGGAUGACGGCAUCAGCGCAGCGGGGAGCUGGCACACGGUGCGUGUCCCCGGCAGCGAGAACGAGCUGCGGCUCACCGAGCUGGAGCCUUCCAGCCUCUAUGAAGUUUUAAUGGUGGCGAGGAGCGCUGCUGGCGAGGGCCAGCCUGCUAUGCUGACGUUUCGCACCAGCAAAGAAAGAACAUCAUCCUCAAAAAACACCCAGGCUCAGUCUCCACCGGUGGGCAUACCAAAACAUCCCAUCGUUCACGAAGGGACGAAUAACUUCGGUGUCGUCCUUCCAGACCUGACUCGACACAGCGGAGUUCCAGAAGCUCCCGACAGGCCCACAAUCUCCACAGCAUCAGAAUCCUCUGUCUACGUCACGUGGAUACCGCGAGCAAACGGGGGCUCCCCCAUUACUGCUUUCAAAGUCGAGUAUAAACGCCUGGGUCGGAACAGCGACUGGUUGGUCGCAGCUGAUCACAUUUCUCCUUCCAAACUCUCCGUGGAAGUUCGUAACUUGGAGCCAGGAUUCACCAGCCGGUUCUCCAACCGCCCUAUCGCCGGACCUCACAUUGCUUACACCGAAGCCAUCAGUGACACUCAGAUCAUGUUAAAAUGGACGUACAUUACCUCCAGCAACAACAACACGCCCAUCCAAGGGUUUUACAUCUAUUACCGGCCUACGGACAGCGACAAUGACAGCGACUACAAGCGGGACAUCGUGGAAGGUACGAAGCAGUGGCACUUGAUAAACCACCUGCAGCCCGAAACCUCUUACGACAUCAAAAUGCAGUGCUACAACGAGGGCGGGGAGAGCGAGUACAGCAACGUGAUGAUCUGCGAAACCAAAGGUGAGCGCCGCGAGAGCGCGCCCGCCCGCGGGACGGCGCGAAG